AUGUGCGGAACAAUUGUGGUUGCUGUUGUUCAAAUAUCGAGUACAAUAUCUAUUUUAAUCACGAUAGUAGCUGUAGCAAAACGUCUUGCAUCAGCACAUGUGGUAUUUUUUUCCACGAUAAAUGUAACGGGCUUUAGUUUCCCCUAUGUCUGCCUAAUUGGUAUAUUGCCAACAUUGUUUGGUUUUUCUGGUUACGAAGCAGCUUCACAUUUAUGCGAAGAAACCCGAAAUGCAGAAAAAUUUGCACCAAUUGGUAUACUCGGUACCUGUAUUUGUACAUCGGUCAUUGGCUUUGCUUAUUUAUUAUCAUUAAUGUUUGCUUCAUACAAUCCAUUAGAUCUUGUUCAAAAUAUAUUGAAUCCAAGUGCAGCGGUACAAAUCUAUAAAAUAAGUACACCAUUACCAGUAGCACUUUUAUUUACGGUUCUAUUGAUAAUUAAUUUGUAUUUUGCCGGCAUGUCAGCGACAACUGUAUCGUCUCGAACGGGUUAUGCAAUGGCUCGCGACAGUGUAUUUCCGGGUAGUCGAUGGUUAAAAAUUCUUUAUAAACGAUCACAAACGCCAGUAUUAUGUGUACUUCUUGUGUUUAUGGUUAAUGUCUUAUUAUUGUUGUUAAAUUUGUUUUCAACAACAGCAUUUGCAGCUAUUGUCUCAAUAUCAACAAUUGGCUUUCAAAUUUCAUAUAUGUUACCAAUUCUAUUUCGAAUAACACAUUCGAGAAACACAUUUCUAUUGGGACAAUUUAAUUUAGGCCGAUUCGGUGUACCAAUCGGCGUCUUAAGCGUAUUGUGGUUAUUUAUAACAAGUGUUAUUCUUUUAUUUCCAUUCAAUUAUCCAAUAACAGCUCAAAAUAUGAAUUGGUCUAUUGUUGUUAUUUCUGGAAUAACAAUAAUUGCUGGCCUCUAUUGGAUAUUGUCAGCUCGACGUCGGUUUGUUGGACCAAAACGAAUGGAACGUUUUCGAAAGCCAACAAUUACGACGCUUGUUGCUGUCUCAGCAAUAAUAACAGAAGAGAUUAUCGAGACCAGACUAUAG